UUUUUAAUCGCUCUAAGUUAUUUGUUUCGAACGUAUCCUGAAUUUAUAAGCGUUAGGAGCCUGCCGUUGGACGAUAAAUUAGAUUGCUUACGUAUUGCCAACACAUUUUAUAAUUUGGGAUUUCUGAUUGCUGAAAGAAAUCCAGGCUUGAUGUUGCAUAGUCAUCAAGACAAUAAUAAAUCACCCAAUUAUUAUUAUUAUUAUUAUAACGGUGUUAGUGAUAAAGAUGAAACCGAAUAA